AUGAAGGAUAUUAAUUAAAACAUUGCAUUAUUGCCUGAAGAUCAUAAAAAUAGAUAGAAAUACGAGGAUGCUCGCUCAAUGAACCAUAAAGGUCCAAUUAAUGAUUAUCUCAAUUUUGGCAAAGCAUUUAUGUGCUCUUUAGGAUUUUUGGGUCUAUAUACUACUAUCUAUAGCGCCUAAAAUAUUUAAACAGUUGUUUUUCAGAGAGAUGGAUAUGAUAGCUUGGGCUUUUACUCAAAUGCUGUGGCAUAUCUAUUUUAAGGACUUGGAAGUGUUUUUUGCGUGUUUAUCUAGGAAAAGAUUGGAGAUAUUUUAACUAUGGCGUAUGGAGCUGUUCUCAACAUUCCAUUUAUGAUUAUAAUCAUCUUACCAGCAUUGAAAUCAGAAAACCUCAAGAGUAAAAGCUGGGUUUACUCUAAUGGAUUCGUUUAUGCAAUGAUUUUACUUGCAUCGGUAUUCAAUGGAUUCGGAUAAGGUAUAUCUCAGCCUAGCUCCGGUACCUACAUCGCUCAAUGUGCAACAGAGAAGACCAAAGGUUUUUUCUUUGCCUUCUACUGGGCGUUUUACAUGGGCUCUUAAGUAUUUGGCAGUUUAAUUGCUGCCUUUGUAUUAGGUGCUUUCGACUAAAAAUACUUUGUUAUUAUCAUGGCAGUAAUAGGAAUUGCUUCUUGCAUAUUACUAUUCUUUUUAAAAAAGCCCAUUGUUUAGCAUCAGCAUGACCAUCACUUUGCUAAGGAGGACAAGAAUCAAAUUGAUUUGAACGAGGAAGAGAAAGAAAAAGUAGAAGAAGUGAAGAGAGAAAGUGAAGUUAAUUAACAAAAAGGUGAAAGUAGGUAUUCAUUAUAGACAAAGAAACUGACCUUAAAGUAAGCAGUUGCAUCUAUGUGGAAAUUCUUUUAUAAUAAAAGAUUCUUAGUUCUUGCUCCUUAAUUAUUUUGGACUGGCAUAAGUAUCGCUUAUUACUCUGGUAAUUUGGUAGAGAUGAUGUCAGAUUCCUUGCAGAAGGAUGGCAAAGACGAUUAAGAGUAGUUUAAGCUUUCUAUGUUGGCUAUGGUGCUGUUUGGGGUUGGAGAGAUUCUGGGAUGCUUCUUUAUCGGUUUUAUUGUAGAUAGAAAGGGUAGUAAAGUUGCGACGAUAUUCAAUCUAGUUAUAAUUUUGAUAAUGGGAGCUGUUACCAUAACUUUCAUUGAAGUCUAUAAGUAUGGAGCUCUUGCAUUCAUUAUGUGCUUCUUCUGGGGUUUCUAAGAUAGUGCGAUCAAUACUCACUCAUAGGAAAUUUUGGGAUUCGAAUUUGAUAAUAACUCAGAGCCGUUCUCAGUUUACAAUAUCCUAUAAUGUGUGGCAUGCUUCAUUUUUUAGAUAAUUGAGAGUGCAGUAAAUGACUAGGAUGAUUACAGAUGGUAUACCAUUAUGGUUACAGGACUUGGAUUCAUCUUCUGUGGAAUGCCAUUCUUCUUUGACUUCCAUGAAAAAUUAGACACUGAGACAGUGGAUGAUGACUUUGAUACAAGACCCAAGUAAUUAUCACUUGACAGCAAUAGCCAAAUAAGUAAAAGAAUUCUAGAUAGACAGGACUCAGCAGAAUAAAAAUUUAAUGCAGGCAUUGGAACAAUUAGAUCUUCUUCAUUAGAUAAUUCAAACACAUCUUUGUCUUUCUCAAAUAGCAAGCUUUAAAAUUCUGUAACUAAACAACAGAAAUUGGUAUUCUGA